AGGUGGAACGCCCCGAAAGAAACCGAUGCUCGGUACCGUAGCGAGAGGGAGUGCAGCUUGCCCACUCAUCCCUCGCACUCGCUCUGCGCCUUUUUAUGGCUGCCUCUUUUGACCUUUUCCGUCUUUUUCCCUUUGAUAUAUCCCGCAUCACUAAAGCGCGCAGCAGGCAGGCAGGCAGCAGAACCGCCUUUGUUCGCUUUCGUCGUCCUCGCCGAAAUUCCCAUUGCGGCUACUGACAUUUGUCCCCCCAUCCCAGCGACCUCUCUUCUCUUGCAUCCAUCCAUCCAUCCCUCUCGGCGUCACUCAAGCUUUGGUUUAGGAGCAAUCUAUUCCGCCUUGGGCUCCUGAUUGGUUUGGGAGCUUGAGAGGAUUCCUUAAUCUCUCUACUAUCACUUUUCAUCUUGCAAUUGAUUUCCAGUUUAGCAUUUUUUCUGAGGAAAUCUUGAGCAUCUUUGCUGCCUUUCCCCUCCACCCCUGAUUGGUUUGGAAGCGAAAAGAUCCUUCAUCCUGAGCAGAGGUUCGAUUGAGAAAUGGCAGAAGUGAAACCGGAAGAGAUGGUCCACCAUCCGCCCAUGGAUCAGCUGCAGGGGUUUGAGUACUGCAUAGACUCAAAUCCUUCCUGGGGAGAGGCAAUUGGUUUGGGCUUUCAGCAUUACAUACUGUCCCUGGGAACUGCUGUGAUGAUCCCCACAAUGUUGGUUCCUCUUAUGGGUGGAAAUGAUCAUGACAAGGCGAAAGUGGUUCAGACACUGCUAUUUGUAACUGGGAUAAAGACACUGCUCCAGACGCUAUUUGGCACUCGCCUUCCCACUGUCAUUGGCGGCUCAUAUGCGUAUGUUGUUCCAGUCCUCUCCAUAAUCCAUGAUCGAUCACUCGCACAAAUAGCCGAUGGCCAUACCAGGUUCCUACAGACAAUGAGAGCGACACAGGGUGCGUUGAUAGUGUCGUCAAGCAUUCAGAUAAUUCUUGGCUAUAGCCAGUUGUGGGCAAUAUGUUCGAGGUUCUUUAGCCCACUUGGGAUGGUUCCAGUGGUUUCAUUGGUGGGGCUUGGCCUUUUCGAGAGAGGAUUCCCGGUGGUUGCAAGCUGUGUGGAGAUUGGCCUUCCGAUGCUUAUCAUAUUUGUUGUGCUUUCCCAAUAUCUCAAGCAUGUACAUGUUCGGCAUGUUCCGAUUUUGGAGAGGUUCUCACUGCUGGUGUGCAUUGCUCUUCUCUGGGUCUAUGCCCACAUUCUAACAGCAAGUGGUGCAUACCAUCACACUGCACUACACACCCAGAUCAGUUGCAGGACAGACCGUUCUAACCUCAUCUCUUCGGCAUUAUGGAUAAGCAUUCCAUACCCCUUGCAAUGGGGAGCACCAACAUUCAAUGCAGACCAUGCAUUCGGCAUGAUGGCCGCAGUGAUGGUGUCGCUAAUAGAGUCAACUGGCGCAUUCAAGGCUGCUGCCCGGUUGGCAAGUGCAACACCCCCACCAGCAUAUGUCCUCAGUAGAGGCAUCGGGUGGCAGGGAAUAGGUACCCUACUGGAUGGGCUAUUUGGCACUGCGACUGGCUCUACCGUUUCUGUUGAGAAUGUUGGUCUUCUUGGAUCUACAAGGAUUGGCAGCAGGAGAGUGAUACAGAUUUCUGCUGGUUUCAUGAUCUUCUUCUCCAUACUAGGAAAAUUCGGAGCACUUUUUGCUUCCAUUCCAUUCACAAUAUUCGCUGCCAUAUACUGUGUUAUGUUUGGCAUUAUUGCGGCAGUGGGGCUGUCCUUCCUGCAGUUCACCAACAUGAAUUCUAUGCGCAACCUCUUCAUUGUUGGUUUUUCACUCUUUCUUGGCUUGUCGAUACCAGAGUACUUUUCUCGGUAUAUGACAGGUGCUCAAAAUGGCCCGGCGCACACGAAGGCUGGAUGGUUCAAUGACUACAUCAACACCAUCUUCGCGUCCCCGCCGACUGUCGCUCUCAUCAUUGCUGUAGUCCUUGACAACACGCUAGAUGUCAGAGACGCGGCGAAGGACAGGGGGAUGCAAUGGUGGGAGCGGUUCCGGACAUUCCGAGGGGACAGCAGGAACGAAGAGUUUUACACCCUGCCCUUCAACCUCAACAGGUUCUUCCCACCAUCUUGAGCAGAAGCUUCCAAAGUCCGGGUACUGCAAGCAGAGUGCCAAAUGAAGAAACCUUUGCAUCGCAAUACGGCAUGCUUCUGAAUUCUGAUAGAGUGGAAGAGGAGAAGAAAAGUAGAGAUGAUAAGACCCGCAUGCCGUUUUGCUAGCAAAGGAUGGAGGAAUUUCCCUUCAAGCUGUCCGAUUGUACAUAGAUAUUUGUAUUUGUAGACAAUUAAUGAAUUAAUGGUAGUUUUUGCUGUGUGCGCUGUGCAAUGUAAGAUCUCAUGAAA